AGUCAAUCCGGAAUUGAAUGGCGCAAGUUUUUUCUUCGUUCUUUUCGCAGGCGCUAUAUCCCAUAGUCCGAAGAUUUCGCCGGAAUGAUAGCACCAAUGCCGGGCGCAUGGGCUUCGAAUGGGGACCGAGCUGCGAGCCCGAACGAGAUGCAAUCUCGGGCCAGCACCUCGCGGGAAGACGGAGCGAGCAUUCGCAGCAGCGUAGUUUCGAAUCAUGGCUCCAAUGUGCGCGAUGGUCACGGCAGCGCUGGCCGUGUCGGUGGCAGCCAUCGUGCUCCGCCUGCAGAAGGCGAGCCCGGUGUCUCCUGCGCUAAUCGACUAUGGACCGCUGCCGACGACGGGAGUCUGGACUUCGGAUUUCAGCCUUCGAGGCAUGGAACGCUUCGGCGUCGGAUGCCAAGGUCCGGAAGACAUCGCCUUUGAUAAGCACGGGCGCCUGUACGCGGGCUGCGCCGACGGGUGGAUCAAGCGGGCGGGCGCCGACGGGAAGUUCGCCAACUUCAGCUUUGUGGGUGGCCGUCCUCUAGGCUUAGACAUUGGCGGAGACCCCCAAGUGCUGUACGUCGCCGAUGCGAUUCUGGGCAUGUUUGAGGUGUCGUUGUCUGACGGAGUGGCACGUUCAAUUGGACGUACAGACGAUGAAGGCACAAUCAUAAACUUCGCAGAUGGGGUAUCGAUUGCCAGUGAUGGAAGUGUGUACUUCACCGACGUGUCUUCAAGUUUUGGCUGGUCAAAUUACACACUGGACUUAUUGGAAUCGCGUCCUAAUGGACGUCUUCUGAAGUACGAUCCGGUAACAAAAGUAAUCAGCGUUGUGAAGAGGGAUAUGUGGUUCCCAAAUGGAGUUGCAAUUUCACGAGAUGGAGAAUUCGCUGUCAUAGCCGAAACUACCAGGGCACGCUUGAUGCGCUUUUGGCUGAAGGGGGAAAACAAGGGCACUAUGGAUGUAUUUCUGGAUGGUUUGCCGGGCUUUCCUGACAACGUAAAGCACCAAGAUGGAAAAUUUUACGUGGGCAUUGCUGGGAGGCGCCUCCCGUUAACGGACUGGAUUUUCAAUAGCUCAUUUGGCGUUCAGCUGAGGAGCAUCAUAGCGCAGAUGACUUUUAUAGAUAUAUUAGCUGCAGGCAAGACCGUGGGACGGCUCUGUGUUGUGGAUGAGCAGGGCCAGGUUUUGAAGAAGUACGAGGAUCCCACCGGCAAAUUAAUCAACGAGGUCACCGGUGGUCUCAGGUCUGGAUCCUACGUCUAUUUGUCAAGUCUGGGUACUCCGUUCCUUGGGCGAAUCAAGGAGGCAUAGGCGACGUAGCUUCCUUGCGCAAGGCUUUUCCGGAUCAUGUUAAUCAUCUCAUUGUAAAUAAACUAGUGACAUACCUGCUCCUUGCAUGUGGGCACUUUUUUCGCACAUGAAUGACAACGUUGUCAACUUCGUUCUAUGAGCCGGUGGAUUUUCGCAGACGUUUGAGUACUUCGAGCAGAGUU